CAACCCUCGACGACCACCACCCGGCUUGUUCCCCAUCCGUCAACAUGGCGAUCAAGCACAACAACCAGAUUCAGAAGAACCACUUCCACAAGGACUGGCAGCGUCGUGUGCGUGUGCACUUCGACCAGCCCGGCCGGAAGCACCGUCGUCGUGAGGCCCGUAUCGCUAAGGCGGCCGCUGUUGCCCCCCGCCCCGUGGACAAGCUGCGUCCCGUUGUCCGGUGCCCCACCGUCAAGUACAACCGCCGUGUCCGUGCCGGCCGUGGUUUCACCCUCGCCGAGCUGAAGGAAGCUGGUAUCCCCAAGAAGCUUGCUCCCACCGUCGGUAUCUCGGUUGACCACCGCCGUACCAACUACUCCAAGGAGUCCCUUGUCGCCAACGUUGCCCGUCUCCAGGACUACAAGGCCCGCCUGAUCCUCUUCCCCCGCAAGAGCGGUCAGUUCAAGAAGCUCGACUCCUCCCCCGAGGACGUCAAGGCUGCCAAGGCCACCGUUGCCGAGGGCAAGCGUGACGGCAUCAUCACCCGCGUUGACGCCACCUUCCCCAUCAAGAACAUCACCCCCGCCGAGGCCGUCACCGAGGUCAAGCGUGACGCUCUUCCCGAGGGUGAGAAGGCUGCCUACCGCCGUCUCCGUGACGCUCGCGCCGAGGCCCGCUACCAGGGUGCUCGCGAGAAGCGUGCUCGCGUCAAGGCUGACGACGAGGCCGCUGCCAAGAAAUAA